GUUCCUCAAUGCUCUGAGCGCUCUUCAUUGAUAAGUGACUGAGACAGGUACUGGUCAUGAGCAACUGGCGUCUGUGUCUCCAGUUUGUCCUUCUUCUGUUCUUCACCCCUAAGCCCAGGGCUGAGUAUUUCGAAGAAGACCUGUUCAAGAUUGACCUAGACAAGAUUGAUAUGAAGAUCAGUAAUACAUCACAUGUUAUCAGUGUGACAUGGAAGGCACCAAAUAAUAGGACAGAUCCCAGGUGUUACACAAGUGAAGUGCAGUGCAAGAGCCAAUGUGUCAAAGACUGGGAGAGAGGUCAGAAGUAUGAACUUGAACACAAAAACGAGGUCUAUGUUUUAAACUUGCCUACUCUCAGUAUGAAGAAGAAUUACGAUUUCAGAAUAAGAAUGAUGGUGAGUUGUGCAGAAGGGGAAUGGAGCAAUUGGACACAAGUACAACACUGGGGAAAUAAUACAGGUGCUUGUAUGGAAGAAUCAUCUUCCUACAUGUGGUUUUAUGUUUUGAUACCUGUGCUGCCAAUGACCGGCUUACUUCUAAUGUGUCUGCUCACACAAGAGAGCAUUAGAAGAUUGAUUCUUCCUGAGGUACCAGAUCCCAAACACUUCAAAAAUAAAAUAAUGGACAUUGACCAUUCUCAGUGGUGGAGCAACCUUACGCAGUGCAGUGAGGAGUGCACAACAACAGAUAUUGAGAUUAUCAACAAAAGUGAAAGGGAUGGGGAUGACCAGACUCUGGUGAUACAGUCCAUGGAUAUCAGCCCUGAGCAACAAGACAGCAUGUACAGCAUCUACUCCUCUGAAACCCCCUGCUUGAACAUAGAACUACAGAACUCUCAGAGGGUAUUGGGGUAUAUCGCCCUUUGAGAGUUAUUUCUGUAAUCAAGUCAUUGAAAUCAUACUGCUGAGCCACUUUUAAAGACAUUAUUAAAUCAGAAUUGAAGUUUGUAGCUUUUAGUCCAUGUCUAUUAGCUUUGAAGCCAUUUAUAAGCAGCCAACUCUUAAAAGUUGACAAAAUUACUUUUAGCUGAUAAACUCAUGUAA